UCUUAUAGGAAAUUCAUGUAGCCGUGCACGUUUGUCUUUGUUGAGUCAUCAGGGAGCAAGGAUCCUGGUUUUCUGUAAAACUAAUGUGAACAAAUAUCCUGGUUUUCUGUUAAAUCGUGUAAACAGGUAUCCUGGUUAUGUUCUGAAGAGUAAACGUAUUUUAAGCCAUUAGAUCGAGUGAGCAGGGAUCCUGAUUUUCUCCAAGACACAAAGAAGCCACUAGAGGUAACUAAAUGGAUGUCGUUGAGUCGUGCUCCACGCCAGAGGGUGCUGUCCAGGCUGUCCAUUGGUGUGUGAGUCAAGGUGUCGACAAGCUGCACGUACUUAAAGAACUGAUAAAUAAACACUUCCGGUUCCAAGCAAAAAUCUCCAGUCAGCCAGAUUUAUGUACAGAUAUUCUUCUCAAGGUCAUUGAAAGCGGGAAUGAUGAACUUCUUGAGGUUAUUUUACCGCACGUGAGCGAAGACUUCCUGUUACAAAACUGGGUCGGGAAAACACUCGUAACAAGGCUUCUCUGCAUUGCUGUUGAAAAUGGAAACAGUAAAAUUGUACGCUUACUCAGUGGGCGUGGAGCUGAAGGAGCAACAGAUAGUUCCUAUCGUGGCCGACCCAUGCUUCAUCUCGCAGUUUUGGCGGGACAUUUGGAUGUGGCAGGGGAACUAUUGGCUGCUGGAGCCGACGUCAUGUCAACCGAUAUUAGGAGGGACCCGCUUCUGACGACUGUGAUAAGUGAUUCUACAGAACAAAGGAAGGAAGAAAAGGUUGUAUGGUUAUUAAAGAAAGGAGCAGAUCCAAAAGCGUGUGCUUCCAGCGGCAAAGAACCGAUACACGUGGCCGCCGCUCACUCUGGACCAAUCAUCGUCCAUUUGAUAAAAGCCGGAUGUGACGUCAACACUCAAGAUCAUAUCAAAGGCGACACUCCACUACAUAUCGCUUGCGCUCGCUGUUGUGAAUGUGCUAUACUAACUCUUGUUCAGCAUGGAGCUAAGUUUAAUCUUCUUAACAAUCACGGUGAAACCCCACUUGAAAAAUUGCUCAAAUUUGCUCAGAACGUUCCAAAUUUCCACUCCAAAACGAGAAUUAUUCUUGCUAAAUCUCUGGUCAAAAUAGGAUUCGAAUGCCAUCAAAAGAUAAGAGCGAAAAAUCAACAUCGCGGCAAUUCACGACGAGUUGGGCGAAACAAGGUUGCAGAUGUAUACAAAACAGUCAUGGCAACCAUGAAAAGUACCGGAGGUCUACAACACCUCUGUAGGUUAAAAGUCAGGGAUGAGGUGAGAGGUCAAUCUUUUGAGAAAUCUGUGGCUUGUCUGGAAGUUCCGAAACUGGUGAAAGACUAUCUAAUGUUUAAAGACAGUCCGUCGUCAGUAACUACUAUCAAAAGUUUGGCUGACGAAUUAUAAACAUUCCCUAAAUUAUUGUUAUAAUUUGAUAUGUUUAUCAGACUCUUGCAGUCGUUACGUGUUGAAGCAUGAGUCGUAUGUCACUACUGAGAUAUUUUGUACUCGUGUAGAGGUACAUCUUUUAAUUGGUGCCUUUGUUUGUCUAGUCAUUAAUAUCGAUUUUAAAUUCCAAUGAAUUAUUUUUUUUAUCUCGAAAUACAAGCUGUGCCCAUCAGUUAGAUAACUAUGUAUCAUAAAGGGAGUCAUUACCCGUGUGCGACAUACUAAGAUUGUAAGCGUGGAGGAACUCAGAAGCGGUCUUCAAUACUGUUUGAGAUUCUUCAUUCAGUGAUAGAGUUCUGAGAUUUUUACUCACAACUGAGGGGCGAUAACUCUCAUUGGUUUACUUAGACAUAGCGUUUAUAUCAAAAUGCAUGUGAUCAAACCAAUCCAAUCAAAAAGCCGUUACCAUGGUAAAGUUUAAUGAUAUCAUUUUUAUCAUCAAAAUGCUAUUUUAUUCUUUUUAACUUGUGACAAUUUCGAUUGUGAAGAAAUAUUUAGAAACAAUUACGAACAUGUUUUUCUGCUCCAUUUUCUUUAAUACUUAAGGAUUACUAUUUUAGCAUGUUUAAUGUUUUAAGUUAUCCCACAUGAUAUUUUAUAACUAAGCUACACUAUUUACUUUGUGUAUUUAAACGUUUCUAGUUUUAUUAACAAUUUUUUAACUUUGAACCCUGUGUACAUUACAAUAAUGCAUAAAUGUACGUACGAGUGCGGGAGUGUGCAUGCUAAACACGGAGAAUACACUUAUGCGUGUGUACGUGUGUGGCUACUUAUACACCCUUGCCUGUGUACAAGUGAUGGACAUAUUGUUAAUUAUAAUCAAGUGUACGUGUAUGCAUGUGUAUAUUUGUAUGUGUAUAUAUAUUGUUAUACACAGAUGUACGCGUAUGGUAUGUAUAUAUUGAUUAUCAUAUAUAAUUAAAGCAAAUGCAUAUGUACGUUUUGUGUAUAUAGUGGUAGUAAUACAAAAAAUUGCACGUCCGCGUGUGUACAUGUACAUAGAUACACAAAAACGUACGCGUACGCGUUUGUGAAUAUGUCGAUGAUUGUAUACACCAUACCACGUGCACGUAUGCGUGAAUAGUAAUAAUUAUAUAUAAAUGCAAGUGUACUCGUGUAAGUGUGUGUACAUAGUGAUAAUUAUACACAAAUGUACGUGUACGUGUGUGUACAUAGUGAUAAUUAUACACAAAUGUACGUGUACGUGUGUGUACAUAGUGAUAAUUAUACACAAAUGUACGUGUACGUGUGUGUACAUAGUGAUAAUUAUACACAAAUGUACAUGUGUGUACAUAGUGAUAAUUAUACACAAAUGUACGUGUGCGUCUGUGUGUGUGUAUGUGUGAAUUGUAAUAAUUAUAUAAAAUUGUACGUGUAUGCGUGUGUGUAUAUAGUGAUAAUUAUACACAAAUGUACGUGUACCCGUGUGUACAUAGUGAUAAUUAUACACAAAUGUACGUGUGCGUCUGUGUGUGUAUGUGUGAAUUGUAAUAAUUAUAGAUAAUUGUACGUGUAUGCGUGUGUGUAUAUAGUGAUAAUUAUACACAAAUGUACGUGUACCCGUGUGUACAUAGUGAUAAUUAUACACAAAUUUACGUGUACCCCUGUGUACAUAGUGAUAAUUAUACACAAAUGUACGUGUGUGUACAUAGUGAUAAUUAUAAACAAAUGUACAUGUGCGUCUGUGUGUGUGUAUGUGUGAAUUGUAAUAAUUAUAUAAAAUUGUACGUGUAUGCGUGUGUAUAUAGUGAUAAUUAUACACAAAUGUACGUGUACACGUGUGUACAUAAUGUUAAUUUACACAGAUAUUUAUUACGUCAUCACUGAUCUCGUCAUUUUUACGCUGCCGGUGUCUUUCUUUAACAUGUUGAUUGAAUUAAAACGAUUUUAAAACAAAU